AACGCGACAUUUCGGAACUAAAGUGGGAAAAGUACUCUGGUGUGAACGCGGCUCUAGUCAUUCCACCUUAACCUGACCUGCCCACACAUGACUGAAUGAAAUAUGAAUUUAACGGUUUAGGGCUGUGAUGAAAGCAGGGAAGCUGAGUCACUGCACGCUUUACUAUCUGAUGGCUUUAUCGAUGACUCGUGUUUCUUUCAGUUGGACCCGGUGGCCUACAGGAUUGAACCCAUGAUAUUACCAGACAUGGACUUUAAGCCUGUGCUGGUCCCACAUCACAAAGGGAGGAAGAGGCUUCAUCUUGAGCUGAAGGAGAGCCUCACCAGGAUGGGCUCGGACCUGAAGCAUGGCUUCAUCAGCUCCCUGCGGACCGCCUGGCAGACCCUCAACGAUUUUGCACGCGCUCACACUUCCUCCGCCCAGCUCCAGGCUGAGCUGGCCAUGGUAGCCAAUCAGAUCGAACAACAGGAGCUGCAAGCGCGGGAGGGUGAGGGUGAGGCAGAGGGUGAGGCAGAGGAGCAUAAGAUCAGUGAGAGCCCCGAGCCCCCCCGAGAGGAGGGGCCUCAGGUGAAGGUGGGGAUGCUGAACGGAGGCAAUCGCAUCGACUACGUCCUGCAGGAGAAGCCCAUCGAGAGCUUCAACGAGUACCUGUUCGCCCUCCAGAGUCACCUCUGCUACUGGACGUCUGAAGACACAGCACUGCUGAUUCUCAAAGAGAUCUACAAGACCAUGGGGGUCCAUCCAGAACAGUUUGCACAUUAAUCAACUAAGUCUGAAAACGAUUCCCUUUGGUUUAUUUCAUGUCAUUUUUCCUCGAUUUAGAUUUUUCUAAUUUCUCUUAUUUUCUAUUCAUAGUUUAUUGUAUACAGAUGAAGAAAACAAUUGUAGUAUGCCAUUUGUCUUGAAUUAUGAAAAUUAGGAAUGAGCUGGUAGAUUCAAAGACACUUGACAUGUUUGAUAUGACAUUUUUAUAGUAGAAUUAUAGAACUGGGCAAGUUUACUUCAGAUAUUUAUCUUCAAAUCAAAUACUUACAGCAGAAAUGACUGACUUAGCAGCUGAUAUUGUAGCCUUCUGUAUUUUAUUUAAUGUCCAACAUUUUAAAAAAUAAAUCAUUUCCUCGCAUAA